UUCCUUGUCUAGAACAAACUUACAAUGCUGGACAUUGCUGCCAACAGAAUCAAAAAGAUUGAGAAUAUCAGCCACCUCACAGAGCUGCAGGAGUUCUGGAUGAAUGAUAAUCUCGUCGAGAGCUGGAGUGACCUGGAUGAGCUGAAAGGAGCCAAGAACUUGGAAACUGUUUAUCUGGAGCGAAACCCCUUGCAGAAGGAUCCCCAGUACCGGCGUAAAAUCAUGUUGGCCCUCCCGUCUGUUCGGCAGAUUGAUGCCACGUUUGUUCGAUUCUGAACCUCCUGCUGCCCUUCUCCUCUCCUGCCCUCCUUGCAGAAGUGUCCCAGCUGGGUUUUUUAUCCACUUACCACUCCCUAGGUCUUCAGUACACUGACGCUCGCAAAACAAAUGGUCAAUAAAAAGCACUGAAUCCAAGAUCUUGUGUACAAUGCACUCGUUGUUUUUGAAAUGUUAUUAUUAUUAAAUCUUAA